CCGACUUUCCUAGUGUUUUGCUGUUGCUAUAGAAACACGCUUUCGCCGACUUCUUGAGCGGAGCCCCGGAUUAAAACUCAAAGCAGAUGGAGAACAUCUUUAUAGGUGCAGGAGGAGGAGGACUGUGGAAUAGUCCCAGACACCCCCGGUACAACAAGGAGGCCGAGGAAUUGAGGAUAUUGAGGAAACAAGAGGCGGAGCUUACAAACAUCAAGAGAAAUGAGAGCUUCAGACCAGUAAAGUCUUCUGCUUCAGAAAAAUCUACCGCAAGUAAAUCUGCGUACCGAGGCGAGCCUAGGAGGACUCUGAGACGCAACGCUGAAGCUUGUCGAGCUGGGAGGAGCUACGAGAGGGAAAUGUUUCAACCCGUUCCCUUUCGGGAUAUGGAGGAUGAGAAGAAGAAGCUUCAGAAUUUCAUGGCUACAGGAAGAUAUGAAGACCCUGCAAUGUUAAUAAAAAGAGUUGAAUGUCACAAACCGGAGGAAUCACAGAAGCCCGACCCCAUUGAGGAAGUUUUAAAUGAAAUAGAAGAGAGGAAACAGUUCAUAGAAGAUAUGGAAGCUUUGGGCCAGAACGAGCACUCCUUCGUUGUGAAAUCUGAGAUAUCACAGAAGCUUCAUGAGCUGAAGGCUUUGGAAAAAGAUUGCAGUUCCAAGCAGAACACAGGCAAGUGAACAUCACUUCAGGGAUAACCAGCACUGACAAGACAAACUGGUGCCUGGCUCAUGUUUCAAGUUUGUACAUCAGUGAAAAACAACAAACUGGAUAAAUAAAUUUGGUUUAUUCUUCA